AUGCUUCGCAAUCUUACAACGUCCCUCCAUCAGGGUGAGAAUGCUGUUUCAAGAUACUCGAGCGCGGCCAUACGAACAUAUACACCUUCCAGCAUGGCCGAGUGCAGCUCUUCAUACGAGGAAGGAUCACUCAAUGGAGAGAGCGAGCAGACUUUUGAGGGCAACUCUUCAAUGACCGCCCACACCGUGUUCGCUAGUGAGUUCCUCGAACAGGCCGUGACUAAUACACCUCUCAGCCGACAUCUCAGCCCAAAUAUCGAGAAUGCGCUGGCAUCCCUGCGGCAAAUGGUCCAGAUGCAGCACCGAAAGGACAAUUCGCAGGAGAGCACGUUUGCCCACCAAAAGCCGAUACCGAAAGGGGGCCUCAGCCAGCUACCCUUGCCACCGACGGAUGUUGUGGUGAAGUUAUUGCGCGAGAUUAAGACUACACCACCCAUGAUAUUUAUGAUGACCUGUACCUUUAUCACCGCCGAGUCCUUCAUAGAAUCCUGUCGGAAAGUGUACUUUGCCACCGAGGACUACAGCACCGCCUGCUUCAUCGUCGUCAAUGCCGGCCUCUUCUACCUGUUCCAGGAAAAGUUGUUCAUGGACGAGGCGAACAGCCAAGAGUAUCGUGAAUAUCACUAUCUGUGCAGGGAUAACCUGGAGACUGCUUUGGCUAACUUGCCGCUCCUUCUGCCGCGCAACAAGGAGAUGAUCGAAGCUUUACUGCUCGGGGUCACUUACUCGAUCGAGGUCUCGAAGUUUUCGCUUGGGUGGCAGCUGAACAGUGCCGCAGCCGCCAUCUGUCAGACGUUGGGGUGGCACCGCCUCCGGGCCACGGAAGACGAGACCGACAACGCAAAGCUGGCCAUCUUCUGGUUUUGCUACAUGUUGGACAAGGGCCUGUCGUUGCGCUUCGGGCGCACCUCCGCCAUGCAGGACUGGGACAUCUCAACGCCACGGCGGUUUAGCAACACCCAAAUAAAGGAGCCAUGGACGGACACGAUCAAUCUUUGGAUCAAGACCGGAGGCAUACUGGGCGAGACGUAUGAGCACCUGUACAGUCCGGCGGCUCUGGCCCGGCAGCCGGGUCAGCGGGUCGAGACGGCGAGCCUCUUGGUAGCAAAGAUGAAACAACUGUGGAAGGAAUUGGACGACCUCUCGAUGACCUUGAAGCGGGAAAACGGGGCCAUGGUGGCAUCUGACGGGGGGACCAAAGCCAAAGAGUGGCGUGCCAUGUCGCUGGACAUGAUCCUCAAGUCGGCUGAGGUCAGCCACCUGGCAUCGUUGACCCUGAUAUACCGCGCGAUCCCAAGUGCACCGGGCUUUCCCAGCACAUUCAACUUCGAAUGCAUCGAAGCGGCCAGAGCGGCUUGCAAGCGUCACGAAGAAUGCAUGGAGCUCACCGCGGACAAUCUCUUUGUACAGGCCGGGUAUCUGCACUGGACGAUCCUAUACUCACCCUUCACCCCCUUCAUCGUCCUCUUCUGCCACGUCAUCGAGACGUCAAGUGUCGAUGAUCUCCAGCGACUGGAACAGUUCACGGCGAGCCUCGAGCCGGCGCUGUCCAUGUCCCGCGGCAUCGAGAAACUCCAUCGUCUCUGCAAGAUCCUGUCCCAGGUGGCCGCCCUGUACGUCGAGGCCAAGAUGCCACAGCAGGAGGACCAGGACAUGACCAUGGUCGGGAACGAUUUCGACAUGUACCUGUCCCAGCUGGGUUUCAUCCCCCAGCCACAGCCGGGAGGCGAGAGCACGAUCAGUGGCGCAGGCGAGUACGGGCUGGAAGGCUCCGGCGCGACAGUGAACCAGCAACUAGGACUGGGGGAUUGGUUCUCCGGAAACAGAUAUGUCAUGGGACUGAUGGAGGGGGACUUGUUGGACUUUGAUCCCGAGGCGUGGACGUCGACGACGGGAGCGCGAUAGCGACGGUUCGCAGUGUUUUGGAG